AUGACGAAAACAAUACUGAAUGUUCGUCGAGUUGCCGUCAUUGGCGCUGGGCCUGCAGGUGCAGUCGCGACAGAUGCCCUCGUCAAGGAGCAGGCAUUCGACACAAUUCGAGUUUUUGAGAGACAGGACGUCAUAGGAGGAACAUGGGUUCACACGCCUCGAAAAGAUUCGCGCAUCCCAUCCUUACGGGACUUGGUCGAGCACCGCGCGGACAAGGGUAUCCAAAUCCCCCAGAGUCUACCCUGCGAGACCGAGCGAGCGGAAGAGAUGAGCUCAUACCUUCACCGGUUCUCAGAUACUGGAGCCCACGUGAACCUGCACAGCAAUCUGCCACCUAGUGUAAUGUGUUUCUCGCAGGAACCGAUUCCAAAGAUCUUGUCGGAGGGGACGUUGUCACAGUAUGGCCCAGACUCGCCGUUUCGGCAUCGCGAAGUUAUGCGCGACUGGGUAGAAGACGUGUUCAAGCGAGGCAAUCAUGAACAUCUGGUCGAGUUCGAGACCAGUGUUGAGCUGGCUCAGCACACAGGACAAGAGUGGGUGCUGACGCUGCGCAAAUCUGCCGCUGGAUGUGAGACAGAUUACUGGUGGCAGGAGAGAUUCGACGCCGUUGUAGUUGCAACGGGGCACUAUUACCUGCCCAAUAUUCCGAAUAUCCCAGGGAUCGUUGAAUACGAUGAAAACUAUCCUGGUAGAAUUAAGCACAGCAAGCACUAUGAGACGUCCGACGAGUUCAAGGGAAAGCGGGUCAUUGUUGUCGGAGGAUCAGUCUCUGCAUUCGACGCUCUCCACGACAUUCGCCGAGUCUCUAAGUUGCCCAUCAUCUCAUCACUCCGCAAACACUCACCAAUAUUUGGAGAAACACCAUUCACCCACCCAGAAAUCGAAAACCAUUCCGAGAUAUCGUCAUUCGACUCGGAAACCGGAGCAAUUUAUUUCGCUGAUGGAGCUAUCGCUCAUGACGUGGACGCCAUCGUCUUUGCGACAGGAUACGAUUUUAGCUUCCCGUUUCUGCCAGACCUGGGACCAGUUCAUAAGCGUGUACCGGGCCUAUAUAAACAUGUCUUCAAGAUUGACAAUCCAAGUCUCGCCUUGAUCGGCAUGGUCACAGGAGGCUUCGGAAUCCGCAUCUUCGAAUGGCAAGCCGUCGCCGCAGCCCGCGUUCUCGCCGGACGAGCAUCUCUCCCAUCGCGCGAAGAAAUGGAGAAAUGGGAAGAGGAUCGACUUGCAGAGCGCGGAGACGGAGGACCGUUCUGGACACUGAUGCCUGACUUUGAGACGCACUUUGAGCAGCUCAGGGAGCUUGCGGGGGAACCAGAGCCCGGUACAACAGGGAGAGUUUUGCCGAAGUACGAGUCGGCAUGGGCCGAUGUAUUUUGGGACUUCAUCAACACGAGGAUCGAGUGGUGGAAGAAGGAUCAAAGUCGGGCAGAGCAAUCUUUGGGGUAG